AUGAUACUGAGUUUUCGUUACACAACAGGCCGAAGGAGUGUGAUCCCAAUUAUUUCAGGAUCGGGGAGACGAAAUGUGAACCCUGUGAUCCCGGAAAGUACGGAUUUAAUUGCUCUAUACCGUGUCCAGAUAAUACCUAUGGUCGUUUUUGCUAUGGGACAUGUAACUGCACUCCUGACGAAUUGUGUGAUCGAAAAUUUGGAUGCUUGAGCAACAGUUCCAAUUUCACUACAGCUGAUUCCAAGAGAAUGAUUGGUGUUGAUACAAACUAUUUCCCGGAGAAGCUUACAAUGUUUUUAUUGGUUUCCUUGGCGUCAGUGGUCAUUUUCAGUGUCCUUUGUUCCAUUUUUCUCAUAAGAAUUAGUAAAAGGCAUUACAAACGAGAAUUGCAACGAAUGAUAAGUAAUGUAUCGGAAGAGAGAUCUGAUGCUGUACAUGAAUACUUUGGUUAUGACACCAUGGACUCGAUGUCUGCCAUUCCUCGACUUCCUUCUGCCAACACAUACGAUCACAUCGACAGAGGGGAAUACAACAUUUUAACUCUUUCACAGAGGGCGUAUGCUGGUGACGCAAAUACCUCUCCUGUGACGUCAUUUCACAGACAGAAUUCAAAAACAGAGAUGAAUGAUAAUAAACGCUUCGAAAUUGAUAUUGAACCAGAAUGUUUGGUAAAUCUAUUUCAAGAAGAAAACGAUCAUUUAUUGAACGAUGGAAUUGAAUCACAAACAAUAUCCAAACUAUAGUGUAACUGGGUUUUACAAAUUAUUGUAAAGAAUACAAGCAUAUUCUCUUAGGAUGAUCGAAGUCUAAAUGUAAGUCCGGUGAAGUUUUCGAAAAAUUAAAAUGGAUGAAAAUUCAACCACUUUGCCCUUCCUCUCUUUUAUGUUCAUCGUUAUAUAGUUCCCAACAACUUAAUUACUGGUGCCAAUAAACAACUUCCUUGUUCCCAAUUAAUAAUUAAUUUUUGUUAUUAAUAACUAUGCAUACUUUUAUCGCACAUCCUGAAAAAAAUAAUUAGCAUUUAAUUUUUAUUCAUCAAAUUUAAUUUCUGUGUUAUCCAGAAAGGCUAGUUUGUUUCAUGUAUUUCAACAAACGCAAUUAAAGUCGGCAAUUUGUAAAUUCUAUUGUUGUUAUAAUUACCUUGAUUGCAAAUAUUAUACAAUUAUGGACUCUUGUGAUGUUGAAUAUGGUUUGUUAUUCACCAGAAAAGCAUCAAUUUUGACCGAGGCGCAUUAUUUUAAUUGUAUUUUAGAGGAACCGAGACUCUGUUCUAAUAUAGGUAAUCCAACUUAUUCUCACAGCUCCUUUUCUUAGGAUGAAAUUCUUCAAAUCAUGACAGUUAGAAUAUUUUUAAUAUUCCUAAAAACAGGAAUGAAUUUAAAUUGCCAUAUCUAUAUUGGAUUCCAAAAGGCCAUAAAAAUCCUUACAAACAAAUAUACAUCGCGUGUACCAGGAAAUGUUCUACAAAGCCCUUUCUUUACUCCUCACUCAAUUAUAAGCAGUAGUGAAGGAGAAACUUCAAGAGUACUGUGCACCAAUAUUCUCAAGAAGAGGCGUAAAUCAGAUGUGGAUAUCUAAAAAUUCCAAGGAACUUUUGGAAAAUAUAUUUAAAGUCACAAUAUACUUAAAGUCAUUUUUAUUUUAGAUCUCAAAACGUCACAAAAAUCCCUAGAACCAAAAUUCCUAGCGGGUUCUUGUAAAUGUUCUACCAAGCCUUUUUCUCUACUUCUCACAAGAUAUUGACAGUAGUGAAGGAGAAACUUCAAGAGGACUGUGCAACAA